CCCUCCCUCUUCUUUCCUCCCCACUCCAUCCGCGCUCCAGGAGAAACUUCUCAUUCUGUUGUCAGGAUACCGCACGGGUAGCAUCAUGGCUCUUCAGAAACUCGCACAGCUGAACUCUGCUCCAGUACUAGGCAUCUUACUAAUAUUAACCAUCCAAGGGGUGUCGGCGGAGGUGACAGUGUCUAUGAAGGAUGUGGUCGAGGUUCAGCUCGGAGACACGGCGACUAUCCAGUGCACCCCCCACUUCUCUGAAGAGACCAAGACCGUGCUGGUGCAGUGGUUCAUUAUGGGGCUGGACCGCAGGGAGAGGAUCUAUUACACGGAUGGCACUGACAGCGUGGCGGACAACGGGACAGAGUACACUGACCGCAUCAGCGUGCAGGAAGACUACACCCUGGCCAUCAGCAACGUGGGGCUGAGCGACGAGAGAGCUUUCAUCUGCCAGGUCGGGGGCAUGUCAGCCGGGAACGGAGAGAACCGCACAGAGCUCAGAGUCUACGAUGCCCCAGAAUUCCCUGCAAUUGAUGGCACACGUUCCGGGCUCUCAGUCUCCAGUGAAGAAAUACAAAAGGUUGCAUCCUGCGUUUCCAGAAAUGGGUACCCAGAGCCCAAAAUCACCUGGUACAAAAACCGUUCCCCGCUGCAGACUGAGGAAGAAAAGACGGUGGUCAUGUCUCAGGUGACGAAAGAGGCGAGCGGUCUGUACACAGUCAGCAGCUCUCUGCUCUACAGGGUGUCGAAGGAGGACGUGAACUCCACAUUCUACUGUGAGGUCAGCUACAGGAUGCCAGGAGCAGAGAAGAUGAUGGAGUCCAGAGCCAUCAACGUGACUGUGCACUACCCCACGAAGCAGGUGCUGCUGAUCAGGGACUCCCCAAAAGGUUUGGUGAAGGAGGGGGAUGAGGUGGAGCUCCGCUGCAUCGGAGACGGGAACCCCCCUCCCCCUUACACCUUCCACAAGCUCUCGCCCAGCAGCGAGGAGGAGGAGGACCUGUCCGUGGACACGGACGUCCUGAUCUUGAGGGGGGUGACGCGGGCUGACAGCGGGGUGUAUCGCUGCAAGUCCCUGGACAUAGAGACCUUCGAAGAGCAGAGCUCGGAGCUCAAGGUCCUCGUAAACUACCUGGACCCCAUCGUUCUCACCCCCUCAGGUUCAGCUGAGCUCCUGUUGGGUGAGACGCUGGCAGUGUCGUGCAAUGCCCUCAGCUCCCAGGAGACCAGGGUAGUCUGGAUGAAGGAUGGUCAGGAGAUGGGCCAGGGCAGCACCCUCACGCUGGCCAAUGCCAGUUUCGACUCCGCCGGAGAUUAUAUCUGUACGGUUACUGUGCCAGCGGUGCCCGGGCUGCACAGGAGCAGCUCCGUCAGAGUCAGGGUCCUCGGGAUUCCUGUUGUGCUCAAGCCAGUUCAGCUGGAAGUGCGAGACGGUAGUAAAGUCAACCUGACCUGCAAGGCGACCGGAUUCCCAGAGCCAAGCAUCUCCUGGAAGGUCUCCGGCACUAAGGACUACCAAGAGGUGGCGCACCAUGUAGACAAGAACACCGCGGUGAGCGUGAUGUCAGUCAUUGUGACCCCUGACCUCAAGAUCACCUGCAAUGCCUCCAACUCUCUGGGCAGCGAUGAGGGCCUCUUCGGCAUCGCGCUGAUUUCUGUGACACCGCCACCGCCAUCCCCCUCCUCCACAGUUCAACCAGUGAAGAAAGAGGGCAGCGGCGUGAUCAUCGUGGGUAUCAUUGUGGGCAUCCUGCUGCUCGCCAUCCUGGGCAGCGUCCUCUACUUCCUCUACAAGACGGGCAAGAUCCCUUGCGGGCGCUCCGGCAAGCAGGAAAUCUCUCGAGCAGACUCUGGGAAAGACGACAUCGUUGUGGAGAUGAAGACAGACAAGACCGAGGAGGCGGGGCUACUACAGGGUGUCAACGGUGACAAGAAGCCCCCUAGCGACCAGUAGUGCGAGAAGUACAUCGACCUACGGAACUGAGGGAGCGAGAGAAAGAAAGAAGAUUCAAAAAGCAGAACGGCCCGUCCCUCAACCUUACAGACCCCUCCGCUCCUCACACUGUUCCCUAUUAUUCCAUAAAUCCUGCUAAGCCCCCUCCCCUCCCUCUCUCUCUCUCUCUCUCUCUCAUGUCUCCUGUGUGAACUGCUUUUGCUACUCUCCCCACACUCGGUACAGCCGGCCUUGUACUCUGAAGAAGGCAGCAGCAGCUGAAGUGUUUGCCUGCUCGAAUUGUUUCUCAUAGUCUGGUCUGCUUGCCUGCCUCUUGAAGACAGACAGGAGAAUUUGAAUCCCCUGGAGAGGGAGAAACACACCCAGUGCCUCUGGGAAAGCAGAACCACAAGGACUGCAUAGAGCUUGGAUUCAAUCAAAACUGAUAGCGCCUCUAUAGCAAUGGGCAAGUCAGGUUUGUGGACUACUGAAAUCUAUUACUGUACCAAACACUGUGGUGUUCUUUGCACAAUACCCAGAUAGAGCAGCUCUAGAACUGUUCUCGACUGUAUCAUGGCUACAGCGCCGCUGUCAUUUUGAUUGGACCCAAGGCUGUCGGGUUUUGGCAGACUGUUACAGCAGCUCGAACACACACACACAGCCCGGUUUCGAUCCAGUGAAACGUUUAUCCAAAAAUACACACGGAGACGACAGUAGAUCGAACCCAUUUCAUCAGUAACCAGCUAUAAAUAGCUGCAGACCCUGCGAGCUUUUCUCAGGAAGUGGUUCCAUACUUCAGGAACACGUUUGUGUAACGGGGAGAUUGUCGGGGGAGGGCUGCCUCUGCUCUUGAGAAAGGAAGUUGUGGCUCGGCUGUUUCUGAACCCGUUUCUAAUGAAGGUUCUGUUAUUUCACUCUUAGUAAAUUCAUCCCUAGUUUUACUCCCUUCUGAAACUUGUAAUACUGUGUGAAUAACCAUGGUUAAAGAAGUCAAGGCUUAUUACUGUGAUAGGAUUGCCAGUACUAGAGCUCUGGUUCAAACACUGUAUAUAUUAUAGAGCCCUUGUGAGAAAAAGGGCACUUUGCAUUGUUAGAAUCCCCCAGAAUGAAGCUUUGUGUGAGUCUCUGCUCUUCCCUUUAGCAAAGCCUGCUACUGUGGCCCGCCUGUGUGGUUUGUAUAUAUUUAUAGUACACAAAUAGAGUAGGUGAUGGUUGGGGCUGAUGAAGAGACAGAGGCCCUGUAAGGGUUAGCAUCACGUUGCAGAACCCUAAUUAUCCAAAGAAAACUUAAGUAGCAUUAGCACUGAAUUGCCUGUCGUUUUCGGUUUGAACCCAGGCAGGAUUUAGGGGUGGCUUAGAGAGCCGAGCUGCAGCGUGGAAGGUAGGGGGUUGGAGUAGCUCAGUGGUGAGAGCACUGGGCUGCAGCGGGGAAGGUAGUGGAUUGGAGUAGCUCAGUGGUUGCUGGGUUGCAAUGUAGAAAGCAUACUGCAAAUAGGAGGUAGCUAGCUUUAUUUUGUUUUGUGUCUCGUUUCUGUUUUUGAGUUUUGACUCGUUUUAUUAUUGAGUCUUGAGUUCUACUGUCAUACACGGAGAGGCUGCAACUCUUACUGUCUGUUACAGUCCAAAUUCAUCAGAUACAGCAGGCAGUGCUGAUCACAGUUCUGUGUUUCCACUAGGCACAGUGUGCCGGAGAACACGCGUGCCGCGCUGGUGUCGCUCUGUUUGCAGCCAAAGCCAAAGGAAUGGAAAGUAUUGGACCCUGCCCCUGAUUGAACAGCUGCCAUUGGCUGACGAACACCAGGGUUGCCUUGGUAACCCAUAGAAUUAUAGCAGAGCAAUAAAGGUACUCGAACUCAAACCUACUGUAGCUGAAGAGUUUUCACUGUGGUUGAGAAGAAUUAGUAAAUAAACUGUGCCUUGAUUUAUUAUUAUUUUUUAAAA